CCUUUGUGGCUGCACAGGUGACAGAAAAAUAGACAUUUCAAUAUUACAUCUAAUUAUUGCCAGAUGUAUUGUUUAUUAUGGCGCAUUUUGACUGAAUCAGGCUCAAACUCAGAAAAUUUGGACCACAAAGAAAAAAAUCACUGCAUUUUUUUAACAUGCAAAAAAGCCUAAUAUUGUUGUAAAUAGCAGGGAUCUCUACAUAAAAUGUGAAACCUGCCUAAAAAUGCAUAUAAAUGCACUAUAAAGCUAAUAUAUUGCGAUUUUAUUAAUAUUUCUUCUUCUCCACAUGUGCACAGGCUUUUGUCUUCAUGUUACAUCUUCAGUGUGCAAUAGAUGUCAGUGUUCAAAAGCUCAAACCAUUAAAACAAAGACAAAAGUCUAUUUUUCCAAAGUAAGUCACUGGUUGAUUCUUUUUUAUUUGCGAGGUGUGUUAAAUAAAGCACAGCAGCGUCUUUGCUUUGAGCCAGUUGGAGGGUAUGACAUAACCAGCACACAGCAGGGAGAGGCAAUAAACAGCAGCUCUCUCCUGGGACACACAGGCCUAAUUGAUUCCCGUUCGCACCCUGCGCUUUUCUCCUAUCAUUCAACCCACACAGAUCCACGGACUGUUCAUUUCCAAAGCAGAAAAGAUGUGUACGAAGUCUGCAAGUAGCUGCUUAUUUGCACUCAUGCUGCUGAAAUUGGCCUUUGAAAAAUGCUUUUAUCAGUGAUGUUACGCAGCUGCUCAGUGUCUCAGAGCUAUUUUUAACUUGAUCAGUCUUUUUCCAUGAAGAGGAAAAAGCAGAAGUGAGGUUUAGCUGUGUAAAACCACAUUUUUUUGUGUGCCAAGAUCCUAGUGAGGUCUUUGUGCAUGACACUGUUGUGAAAUUACAAUAACAACUCAAAAACAUCCAGGAUGUGAUGCAAUGCAUGGAAACCCCUGUCUGGCCAGGCAGGCAAGAGUUCUGGUGAGCUCUUGGUCCGCCCCAUUGCCAGCUGGUCUGGUUUCAGGGCGGUCUGGAUCACACUGUCCUAGCCAAGUUGCUGAAUAUAGGUCAAACCUGUAUCUGGGUGAGGACACACAUGAGGUAUACAGGGUAAGCUGUGGACUACUUUAGCCACUCUACUUUUUGCUCUGAGGAAUACAAGACUGCAUAUCCUCGCAGACUUUUUCAAACUUCAGCCACUUGUUCCAGUUUUCCUACUUCUGUGGCUGUUAAUCAUUAGUGGUCAGCAAACAGCAGCGCUGAAUCUGGAUCCUCGGGGAGCCCUGAAGCAGACGGACUGACCUACAUCCUCUAAAACACUGAGAGAAGCAGGGCAGCAGCCUGACAGGAAUCAGAGCUCUGCUACAGAUUGAGGAGGAAGCUGAUAAACUCAAAAAUCACCUCCAGUGAGACUCCAGAGACUCUUUGAUCCAUUUGCCAAGGAAGCCGGGAGACUCAUUGCUCAAAAUACUGACUUAUUUCUUUUUUUAGCUUUUGUUUUUUUUCUUGUUCAAAACACUAGUUCAAUGUCUGAGGUUUUUGUGGAGUUCCAUCUCUUUUUAAUCUUCUUGGCUAAUUUGGACACUUGAACAAUUUGAUUUAGAAAAAUAAGUAACAGAAAUCAAUGAGGCUCUCCCUUCGACAAGCACAAAUACCUCAUCCAGAAAGUUUUUCUGAUCCUGCAACCUAGGUCAAACUCCUGAGUAAUUAAUCAAUUGGCUCAUAUAGUUAGACUUCUUUCCCUUUCCCCUUUGCCCUUUGCCAGAGUUAUAAUCUGGCCCUCAGCCAAUAGAAAAUGGAAAGUCUGGGUCUACACCUCUCAUCCACCAGCAACAAAAAUGCCAUGGAGGUGGACAGUUUUUCCACGUACGAUGGGAAUGCCCCAUCCCCUCCUCCUGAAAAUGGAGCACGGAUCAGCCGCCAGGUUAAAGGUGCCAAGCCCUCUGUGACCUCCCGCCGCAAGCGGGAGUUUAUUUCUGAUGAGAAGAAAGAUGCUUCCUACUGGGAAAAACGGAGAAAGAACAAUGAAGCAGCCAAGCGAUCAAGGGAAAAGCGACGCCUCAAUGACAUGGUGUUAGAGAACCGGGUCAUGGCGCUGAAUGAGGAGAAUGUCCGUCUAAAAACGGAGCUUCUUCAACUCAAGUUGCGCUUUGGCCUCAUCAGCACAGCCUCCUACAUGGAGAAGAGUCAGCAGAUUUCCAGCAGUGCAGCUGCUGCAAACACUGGUAGCACUGGAAGCAACACUAAUGGAACCCCCAACAGUAAUGCCUACCUCUCAAGCAGCGGCUACUCCAGUGCGUCGCAGGUGAUGCUGAAUUCAGACUCCUCUGAGACGGAGCAGUCGAGCCGUGGUGAUUGUCACAGCAUGCUGCAUAAGUACUCUCCACGGGGGUCUGUGUCUGACAUGUCAGAUGGCUCCUCCAGAGACAGCCCUGAGCCCAUGGGUUACAGCAUCAAGAAGGAGCCCUCAAACAUGGAGAUGGCCAGACUGGAAAUCAGUGGGAUUCCUAAUGGCAUUCCCAGUGGGAUUCCUAAUGGGAUUGCCAAUGGGAUGUCCACUGGCUCUUACCAUGGCAGCCACCCUGCUCUGGUUUCUUCUCACCAGCAGAGCACCUCAUUGGCUGACAGUGCUGUGGACUAUCACCACAAACAGCAGCAGCAGUGCCUCAUGGACGGCUCCAGCCCAGUUCCUCAGGCCACCUCUGCACAGAGGAGUGUCAUCUUGUACCGCUCCAGCAGUGGCUGUUACCCAAUGGAAAGCCAGAGGCCGGAGGACCAGCAGUCCCAACAGAGCCGACAGCUGCAGCACUCCUCCAGCUCCAGGUUCUCUGACAGCUCAGUGAGCAUUACUGAGGUGGCAGAGAAGCUGGAGCGGACCAAAACCCUGGAUUCACCACAGUAUGAAUACACCAAUGGUCACGCUGAGUCAGAGGAGCUGCAGCAAAGGUAUAAUCUCAACACCCAGCAGCAGCGAGAGAGACAUCUUGGGCAUUACUACCAUGGACAAGAAAACAGGCUUCAGCACACAGAGAACCACCAGAACCCUUUUGCUCCUGAUCUAAUCCACAACACUGAGGAGGUCAAGUCCUCCUUCUCACAGCACAAUGGCUACCUCAACACCUUGGAUGAAGAGCCUCCAGUGCUCACUUAUGAGGGAGGUCCCCGAGCUGACGGUUUUUACCAGGAGAACUCCUCCGGAAAAGACACCUCGUCCAGUGACGGGGAUCCUCGUAGCUCGGACAAGGAGGGCUCCACAGAUGAUGAGUCUCCUUCCUCGUCAUCCUCAGACAUCAGCAACUACCACCAGAAGACAGCGGGCGCCAUCGGUUCACAUGGUGAGUGCCAAGCCGAGGUCAAAGCCACCGCUCUGCCCCACAAGCUUCGCCUCAAGUACAGAGCUUUGUCUAAUGGAACAUCAGGAGCUCAGGUGGAGGCAGUGGCCAGCACCUCCAUGUCAGCAUCCCCCUCUCCCACCCUGCCCCAGCAUCCCUACUUGGCUUUACCCAGCAACCUUCACAGCAGCCAGAUGGGUGGGGAGAGCAAAGAGGUGGAGAAUGAGACUGAGUAUCCUGAAGAGGUCAAACCUCAGGUGAAUGAGAGGGUGGACGUAAAAAAGGAAGGAGGGAAAAAGGGAUCCAGUGGAGGGCGUGGUGGACGCAAGAGGCGUGAAUAAGGACAAUUGGGAGCAGUUUAAGCAUUUUCCUGUCCUGUCUCUUCAGCAGACAACUCACAUGAACACUUCACAAGACUGAAAAGAAGCCAGCGGUCUGUGUGAUGUGUAGUUAAGAUGUGAUUUCACCAUCAACUCUCACUGUGUCUCCUCCCCUUAACUCUGUCCUACCUCCCGCCUCAGCCUCUGAUCAGAAUACUACAUCACCUUACAAGGGAGGGAAUCCAAUGAAACUCUCCAGGACUGCAGUCUCAGACAUUUCCCAUGUGGAAAAUGUACACAUUAUUCAAUUGUUUCAUUCUUCUAAACUGCCUUGGUGGCUUACACGUCUACUGUGGCAUUAUGGGAAAAUUCCUUCAACCAAAGAAUUCACAUCUCUCUUUUAGCAUGCCCCCUUUUGACACACACAUUCUUCCCUCCCUCUGUAUCAUUUAAUCCUGUGCCCUCACUUUUGAAGCACUUAGAUUGUAUAUUACUGUGACAUAUAAAUUUGCAUAUAUGGAUUAUAUAUUUUAAGAAGAAAAAUGUGGCAAAAACAACAAAAAUAAAACCGUGGGAUGCAGAAGUUGUAGACUUAAAGUGAUUAGCUUGUUCAUGUCGAGACACCUUGUACAGUCGGUCCUCUUUGUCUAGAAAAUGCCUCAAAGAUAUUGUUUUUUCUGAAGUAUGAGCAACAACUUGUAAAACAAAACAAAACAAAACAAAAAAAAAACAGAGGGUACACUUUUGUUAUUGCGACCGUGAUCCUCAUUCAGGUGAUCUGAACUCUUACACAGCAUCAAGGCCAGUUAUUCGCAUAUCAGUCAAGGCUAUGCAGUCACGCGUUUGCUGUUGGCAAAACCUGACAAGCACAAGGCGAGCCUCGUUUGCCAGCCAUUCAAUGAAAUCAAUACAGCUUCAUUUAACAGACGAAAAAAGUGUCUGUCUAAUAAAUGAAACGGCUCUUCAGUCACAACCAGCAAAGCUGCUCUCUAUUCAUACGGUGCCUCUUUAUCGUUUGUCCCUUGUCCCCACACAGGCCGAUCUCUUUAACGCUCCCACUCACCUCCGCACUGAGUUGUUUUAGCUCCAGUAGCUGCAGUAGUUCACACAGUCUGUAGAACUGUUUCACUUCCUGGUGCCUGCCUCUGGCCACUAUGUAUAAAUGUAAAGUUGUCUCUUAAUCUCUUGUAUACUGCUGUCAUUAUUUUAUUAUUAUUUUAUUAAUAAUGUUAUUUUCUACUAUAUGUGGUUAUUAUUUUGGCUAUUAUGUGUAUUUUUCUGUCAUCCUGUUGUGUCAAUUUGCUCUAUGCUCUUCCUGGUGUGCAGUGUAUUUACCCAUGCUUCCCUAUGCCCUGGUUACCAUUUGUACUCUGUGUUAUUGUAUAACCUGUUGUUCGCCGAAAAGGCUUUACAAAAGAAACGGAGAAAAAAAAAUUGAAUAAGGCUUGUCCAGAAGUGAUUAUGUAUUACUAUACUUCACAUGGAUAUGCAAAAUGGUUACAAAAAAACACUCAUUUUUGAUUGUGAACAUUUCAAAAUGAGGAAAAAAUAAAAGGUUGUUGAAUUUA